UCUAUCUCAGAGCGUCCUCCUCUUCUUCUCCAUUUCUCCUCACGCCACCGCGCCAACAGGUCAGGUGUCCGCGGCGGCCUGAGAAGCGGAUCAAAAGAGGCAACCACGCGCGCGCGCGAGAGAGAGAGAGAGGACGCGACCGGACCGAGCCCUGAGGCGAGGCGAGGGCAAGAAUAAAGGCCGAGAAGAUCUCCUCUCUUCUACCCCGCGUGCGCUGCUGUGUCGUCGUCACGAGCUCUCAAGUCUUGUGUGGGGGUGUGAUCGGUGUGGGCGUGGACAUGGUCGGGCGGAUGGAGCGGCAGACGGCGUCGUCGUCGGCGUCAUGCUCCCCCGCCGCCGCCGGCACGUCCUCGGCCUGCGGGGGCAAGAAGCGGCCCGACAUACUCAACAUGAUCCGGAGUGCAACGUGCCUUAAUUCAUCAUCUACUGAUACCGGCAAGGGGAGGAGUAAACAAUCAAGCAACAAAGUGACUCAUGGAUUCCACUUGGUGGAAGGGAAAUCUGGGCAUGACAUGGAGGACUACCAUGUAGCAGAGUACAAGUAUGAAAAGAGCCAUGAGCUUGGUCUCUUCGCCAUUUUUGAUGGUCACUUGGGAGACAGUGUACCGAGUUACUUGAAAGCUAACCUUUUCCGCAACAUACUGAAAGAGCCUGUCUUCUGGACUAACCCUCAGGAAGCAAUUAAGAAUGCAUACCGCUCUACAAACAAAUAUAUUUUAGAGAAUGCCAAACAACUUGGACCUGGUGGUUCAACAGCAGUUACUGCCAUUGUAGUUGAUGGCAAGGAUAUGUUGGUAGCAAACGUAGGUGAUUCAAGAGCUGUUAUAUGUGAAAGAGGUGCUGCUAAUCAGCUCACUGUUGACCAUGAACCUCAUACAACUAAUGAAAGAGAGAGGAUUGAGAAACAGGGUGGCUUUGUAACAACAUUUCCUGGUGAUGUUCCCCGGGUAAAUGGUCAGCUUGCUGUUGCGAGGGCCUUUGGGGAUCAAAGCCUGAAGGCACACUUGAGUUCAGAACCUGAUGUUAUGCAUGUACCAAUAAACUCAACCAUUGAGUUUGUCAUCCUUGCCAGUGAUGGAUUAUGGAAGGUAAUGAAGAACCAGGAAGCCGUAGAUCUUGUGAAGUCGAUCAAGGACCCCCAGGCAGCGGCGAAGCGACUGACGACCGAAGCACUUGCGAGGAAGAGCAAGGACGACAUCUCCUGCAUCGUCAUCAGAUUCCGCUGCUGAAACCCCCCCAAAACACCACAAAUGCAGACACUGUCUCUGCGUUCUUCUUCGUUCCGAUUAAAUUUGUGUGUGGUGAAGGAAAAAAAAAAGAUGGUUUACCUAUAGUUUGUAGCUGCUGUGAACAGUCCUAGAUGAACUAUAUAGCAGGACAGAAAUUGGAGAUAUGUUCAGACUGCUGUUGGGUUCAGUAGCGAGUGUGUGUGUGUGUGCAGGGUGAGUGUGGUGGUGGUCGUGGUGGUCAUUCGUCUGUGCAUACAUACACCAGCAUAAAACUGUCCAUCAAUCGAACGGGACCUGCAUUUCAGGUUGCCGUUGUGUAUUUGGUUUGGCUGUGAGUUGCUUGUGAUGGUAUUAGCCCCGAAUGGUAAAGUUGAUUUGUACA